AUGCAUACGCAGAACAGUGUACCUGAGGCGCUCAGAGCUAUUGCUAGUAAAGUCGAAGAGAAGCACUUUACUACUGCUACUAGUCAGAAUGAUUACUUGAGAAAAAUAUCUUUGAAAAUGAAGGCACUAGAUGACAUGAUUCAGAAGGAUGCUUCGACCAGUCCAUCAACGUCAAAUCUUUUUUCAGAAAGCCAAAUACCUCCAAAUAAAGAAGUUGGUGCAAAGUCACAAGUUAGUAAUCAAUGGCAAUUGCAUGCAAUUCCCAAGGUUGAGCAAUCUCCAGUAAAUGCCCCACUUCUGCCACAGAAUUUUCAGAAAAACUCUCCAACAGAGUCCGUAAAUAGGCCUAUCAAUCACACCUCUAUUCCAGCCAUUUUAGGGCCUAAUGUAUCCACCAUAACCGGCUCUCAAAAUUCUUUUGUACAGUCACAAGUUAGUAAUCAGGGACAACCCCUUGCUGUGCCUAAGGUUGAGCAUUCUCCUGAGAACACUCCACUUACACCUCAGAAUUUUCGGAAAAUUACCGACUCUCUAACUGUGCACGGAACUAGCUUUAGUCCAAAUUGUAACAUGCGGUGCGCACCUGUUGUUCUACGAAAUUCUCCAAACAGAUCUUUAGGUCAAGAUGAAGUACCAAAUAGCAACACUGUACAAAGACAGGUUCAGAAUUCGCACUUCUAUGCAAACCAUACUAGGCAGUUACCUAUGCAGAAUAGUAGACACCAAUCUCUUUUGCAAUCGAACAUGCAACAGCAACCGCCUCGAGAACAUUUCUCAUUGUUGCCAAAUCAAUUUCAGUCUCCUCAUCAAUCUUUCAUGGAUUCAAACUUCAACCUUAGGCAAAAUCAAGUUCGACAAGUUAUACCAUCUUCCAUUCACGAACACCUACAGUCCACUUCAGUUGGGAGGCAACACCAUGCACCACUAAAUUUUGGUCAGUUAAGGUCCAGUUCUGUUCGGAGACAAUCCAUUUCUACUCCUCAAAAGUCUAUUAUGCCAUCGCGUGAGCAGUUAAUAGGCCAGCGGUCCAACAUUUCAAAUAUGCAACAGAGGCAGUUGCUUGGACAACAAAAUGGAGUCUUGAUUUUCUCAGAUAUACACAAGAACUGUCAAAACUCAGCAGAUAAUCUGGGGGUAACUAAUGCUGUACCACAACUACAAACUCAUCAGCCGUCUCUGAUGUUGUUGGAAUCACAAUCUCAGAAGACUCGACACCAGCCAUCUCAGCAGCAAUUGUAUUCAGACAUUCAGACAAUGAUGCAGUUGCAGCGAGAAUCGGCUAUGCACCAGCAACCAGAUUCUUUGAAACAAGAGACCGAUGAUCCUCAGAGUUCAGAUUCUGUGCUUCGACCGCAAAACAUUAUUGAGGACAACAAACAAUCUAUUCCGUCAAAUGCAGAGACUCUAGUGGCAUCAUCUAGUUCACCUGUUGAUACUGCAACUCAGAUGGAAAGUGCAACUCAAUUGGAUUGGCAAGAGGAUCUUUAUCAAAAGAUCCAGUCCAUGAAGGAGAUGUACUUCGGAGAACUUAAGCAUCUACAUCAAAAAUUCUCUCUACUGAUUCAGCAGGAUGAAGGUUUAAUAUUGUCCUCACCCCAAGCAGAACGGUUUAACAAAUUGAGACAGUUCAAGUGCGUAACGGAGUUGUGUCUAAAGUCUCUACUAAUAUCGAAGAGCAGGAUUGAUCUUGCAUUUAGGGGAAACUUCGCUAAACUGGAGAGGCAAAUAUCAGGUUUAAUUAACUUAAACAGGAAUAGAAAAUCUGUUCCUUCACAGCCUGCUUCUACUUCGGAUCCAAAUCAUGAAAGUUCCUUCACCAAAUUAUGCCAUGCAAAUACCUUGCAUUUGCAGCCGAGCAGAAUAGCUUCCUCGCCACAUUCCGAUAAUUCAUCUCAACAGACCAAUUCAUUUCGUCAGAAUUCGUUAAAUACCUUGCAAUCUAAUAUUAGUCCCCUGCAACGUUCUAGCGCCCUACAGAAUGAGAAUUUGAAGGGGCAGUCACAACAGCAAAAUACAGAACUGCUGCUGCAGCAACAAAAAAAGCAGCAGCUGCCACAGCAGCAGUUUCACCAACAACAUAAGCAGCAGCAAUCUACGAAUUUAGCAAUACAUCAAAUUCCGCAGUCUAGUAAUGGUGAAGAUGAGCCGGGAAUAAGACAAGGUGAAGGCCUCAAAUCAGACAAAUGUGAUAAUUAUCAUCACCAUGCACUAAACAUGAGUUCUUGUCUGCCAACUUCUACUUCUCAGAAUCAGCACACUCCGAUGUUACAUUUUCCAAAAGGGGACUCAUCCUUCUAUGCACCUUCAACAUUAAAAGAAACUGAGAAAACUUCCGGUACUUCAGCAGUACCAAGUGUUGCAAAUUGUAGGCAUAAUUUAACAACGGUGGCUUCGCAGCAAACCCAACCAAAUGGUGUCACCACACUUGGCGGGAUAUCAUCUUCUCCAUUGCUUUCAAAUUUUUCCAGUUCUGAGGAGAAUAAGCCUUCAGUUAUAGAUGAUACUAAUGGACCUGAAAAACCAAUAAAUCGCUUGAUUAAGUCAGUACAAUCAAUGUCACCAGAGGUGCUUCACUCCGUAGUUGACGAUAUUUUAGGCGUUGGUAACCUGACUGGCAGAAUAGCAGGUUCGGCACCAGGCUGUAUUUCUAGACCUAGACCUUCUCUUGGUAAAAAUCUAGCUGUGAUCACAAAGCGCCAUUUGCAAGACCAACAGUUCUCUUCACAACAGAGAAAGAAGAUGAAGCGCGAUAUUACUUCCGUUGCAUCGAGUUUUGUUUCAUCAACUGGCGGAAAGAGUGAUGGCUUGGAUGAGUCCUAUAGUGUUGUUACAUCCGAAUCAGAGUCUGCUGCAUCUACCUGUUCCAAGCGACGGAAAAUUGCGGCUGGCCACGCUUUGGUUGAUGAGAUCCGAGAAAUAAAUCGACUAUUGAUUGACACAGUGCUUAGCAUAAGCAAUGAGGAUAAAGAUUUCAAUGAUGCUGCAUCCAAAGGACAUGAAGGAACAAUCAUCAAACUGUCCUUCAGCGCGGUGUCCAUUAGCCCAAGCUUGAAAUCACAUCUUGCUUCAUCUCAGCCGUCUCUAAUCAUGCCUUUGAGAUUGCUUGUUCCUGCUAAUUAUCCCAAAUGUUCUCCCAUAGUUCUAGACAAUCCGCUUGGCGAAGAAAGCAUAAAAUCAGGAGAUCUUUCAACCCGGAUGCAGUCGAGGUUCAGCAUGUAUCUGUGUUGCCUCUCACAGCCGAUGUCGCUCCGAGCAAUCGCGAAAGGUUGGGAUGCAUGUGCGCGGAAAGUAAUAGAAGAGUAUGCUCUCCAGAAUGGAGGAGGUACUUUCAGCUCAAGAUUUGGUGGCUGGCAGAGUUGUAUGCCACUGCAUGACAAGUUAACUUAGGAUGCCAUGUGCUCAAUCCAAAUCAUUCGAGUCUCAUGGUUGCUAUUUUCAGACAGGAUGCCUAAAGAGAAGGUGAUCUUGUCAUUUCUUGACUGAACUAGUGUACAUAUGCAAGGUGUAGUGUUUAUGUGAAUAUGACUACCUAUAGAAGUGCUUUGCUUUCGUUUUGUUUUCCUAAUAGGGAGAAUGGGCUUAUGAUUGUAGAGAAG